AUGAACGACGUUUGCAAAAAUCAUUUUCUAAGGGAUCUCUACAGGAAAAUCGAUGGCGCCGUACUCACAUCGCAAAACGAGAGAAAUCUCGAUUGUGCAAUUACAUUUCAAACGCACAGUAUUCUUCAAAGAUUUAUGCUCAGGUUCGAUCGACUACAACUCGAUUGCAACGAUCAUCUCUAUAUUUAUGAUGGAGCGCAUGCCGUUGGAACUUUUAAGAAAUUUCCAGGCUUUAGAUUAACUCCUGUUAAUAAUAGUGAUGCUCUUGAUGAUAAUAUUGCUGAUAAAACUAGUGAUGAUGAUAAAGAUAAUGAUUUUGAUGAAGCUAAUGAUGUUGAUAAAGCUAACAAUGCUGACAAUGAUAGUGAUGCAGAUAAAGUUAAUGAUGCUGAUAAUGAUGAUAGUCAUGCUAAUAAUUAUGAGGAUGAAGAUAAUAAAGCUAAUGAUGCUAAUAAUAUUAAUCGUAAUGCUGAUAAUGAUGAUGAUAAUGAUGCUGAUAAAUCUAAUGAUGCUGAUACUGAUAGUGAUGCUGAUAGUAAUGAUGCUAAUGAUAAUAGUGAUGCUGAUAAUGAUGCUGAUGACUAUAGUGAUGCUAAUGAUGAUAGUCAUGCUAAUAAUCAUGAAGAUGAAGCUAAUAAUGUUAAAAAAGUUAAUGAUGUUGUCAAUGAUAGUGAUGUUGAUGAAGCUAAUGAUGCUGAUAAUGAUAUUGAUGCUAAUUAUGCUAAUGAUGAUAGUAAUGCUGAUAAAGCUAAUGAUGCUGAUAAUGAUAUUGAUGCUAAUGAUUAUAACGAUGUUGAUAAAGCUAAUAAUGCUAAUAAAAUUAAUGAUGCUGUUAAUGAUAGUGAUGUUGAUAAAGCUAAUGAUGCUGUUAAUAAUAAUAAUAAUAGUAAUGCUGAUAAUGAUGAUGAUAGUGAUGGUGAUGCUGAUACUGAUAGUGAUGCUGAUAACGAUAGUGAUGCUAAUAAUGAUAGUAAUGCUGAUGACAAUAAUGACGCUGAUAGUGAUGGUGAUGCUAAUGAUGAUAUUGAUGCUGUUAAAUCUAAUAAUGCUAAUAAUGUUAAUGAUGCUGUUAAUGACAGUGAUGUUGAUAAAGCUAAUGUUGCUGUUAAUAAUAAUAAUAAUAGUAAUGCUGAUAAUGAUGAUGAUAGUGAUGGUGAUGCUGAUACUGAUAGUGAUGCUGAUAACGAUAGUGAUGCUAAUAAUGAUAGUAAUGCUGAUGACAAUAAUGACGCUGAUAGUGAUGGUGAUGCUAAUGAUGAUAUUGAUGCUGUUAAAUCUAAUAAUGCUAAUAAUGUUAAUGAUGCUGUUAAUGACAGUGAUGUUGAUAAAGCUAAUGUUGCUGUUAAUAAUAAUAAUAAUAGUAAUGCUGAUAAUGAUGAUGAUAGUGAUGGUGAUGCUGAUACUGAUAGUGAUGCUGAUAACGAUAGUGAUGCUAAUAAUGAUAGUAAUGCUGAUGACAAUAAUGACGCUGAUAGUGAUGGUGAUGCUAAUGAUGAUAUUGAUGCUGUUAAAUCUAAUAAUGCUAAUAAUGUUAAUGAUGCUGUUAAUGACAGUGAUGUUGAUAAAGCUAAUGUUGCUGUUAAUGAUAGUAAUGCUGAUGACAAUAAUGACGCUGAUAGUGAUGGUGAUGCUAAUGAUGAUAUUGAUGCUGUUAAAUCUUAUAAUGCUAAUAAAGUUAAUGAUGCUGUUAAUGACAGUGAUGUUGAUAAAGCUAAUGAUGCUGAUAAUGAUAAUGAUAGUUAUGGUAAUAAUGAUAUUAAUGCUGAUAAAGCUAAUGAUGUUGACAAUGCUAAUGCUGCUGAUAAUUAUAGUAAAACUUUGAUUAUAAUGAUAAGGAUGAUUGCUGAUAAUGAUAGUGAUGCUAAUGAUGAUAGUAACCCUAAUGAUGAUAAUGUUGCUGAUAAUGAUAGUGAUGCUGAUGAUAAUAAUAAUACUGAUGUUAAUGAUGCAGUUAAUGUUAAUGAUUCUGACAAUGAUACUGAUAAAGUUAAUAAUGCUAAUGAAGCUAAUGAUGCUGAUAAUGAUAAUGAUGCUAAUAAAGUCAUUAAUGCUGAUAAAGCUGAUGAUGCUGAUAAUGAUAGUGAUGCUAAUAAUGAUAAUGUUGUUGAUAAAGCUAUUGAUGCUGAUAAUGAUAGUGAAGCUGAUGGUAAUAAUGAUACUGAUGCUAAUGCUAAUGAAGCUGUUAAAAUUAAUGAUGUUGACAAUGAUAGUAAUGCUGAUGAUAAUAAUACUACUGAUGCUAAUGAUGCUGACAAUGAUAGUACUGCUAAUAAUACUGAUAAAGUAAUUAAUACUAAUGAAGGUAAUGAUGCUGAUAAUGCUAAUGAUGCUAAUAAAGCUAAUGAUGCUAAUGAAGCUAAUGAUGCUGAUAAUGAUAGUGAUUCUAAUGAUGAUAAUGUUGUUAAUAAAACUAAUCAUGCUGAUAAUGAUAGUGAAGCUGAUGGUAAUAAUGAUACUGAUGCUAAUGAUGCUGUUAAAGUUAAUGAUGCUGACAAUGAUAGUAAUUCUAAUGAUACUGAUAUAGUUAAUAAUGCUGAUGAAGCUAAUGAUACUGAUAAUGAUAGUGAUGCUAAUGAUGAUAGUAAUGCUAAUGAUGAUAAUGUUGCUGAUAAUGAUAGUGAUGCUAAUGAUGAUAGUAAUGCUAGUGACAAUGAUGCUGACAAUGAUAGUGAAGCUGAUGGUAAUAAUGAUACUGAUGCUAAUGAUGCUGUUAAAGUUAAUGAUUCUGACAAUGAUAGUAAUGCUAAUGAUACUGAUAAAGUUAAUAAUGCUGAUAAAGCUAAUGAUACUGAUAAUGAUAGUGAUGCUAAUGAUGAUAGUAAUGCUAAUGAUGAUAAUGUUGCUGAUAAUGAUAGUGAUGCUAAUGAUAAUAAUAAUACUGAUGUUAAUGAUGCUGUUAAAGUUAAUGAUGCUGGCAAUGAUAGUAAUGCUGCUAAUGAUAGUGAUAAUAAACAAAAAGAUGCUAAUAAUGAUGAGGAUGUUAAUAAUAGUGAUACUAAUAAUGAUGAAAAUGGUUUUGACAAUGAUGCUAAUAAUAAAGAACAUGGUACUGACAGUGCUGCUAAUAAUGACGAUGAUAAAGAUACUGAUAAUGAUGAUAAUGAAGAUAAUAAUAACGAUGAUGAUAAUGACGAUAAUGAUGCUGUUAAUGAUAGUGUUGCGAAUAAUGAUGGUGAUAAUGAUCAGCAUAAUAAUGAAGAGAAAGAUUAUGAUAAUGAUAAUAAUGAAGAUGAUAAUAAUGAUAGUGGAAAGUUGCCUGCAGAUUGUAUCUGCACACAGCACACUCGAUGA